CAUGCUCGCUCGCUCGCUCUCUCUCUCGGUCAAGGUGCGUGUGCACGGCGGAGCAACGAACUCCCGGCAGGUCAUCGACCCCGACACUGGUGCGGCGUUCCAGACGUGCGGAGCUGGUGGUUUGGUUGUGAGGCAGUUGGGAGCGAGGGAUCUCCGGAGAGUGCGCUGGACAGCCAUGGCUGCCCGCCUGCAGCUGCUGGGUCUGCUCCUGGGUCUGGUGUCCUGGUGUCUGCAGUCCAGCUGCACCUCCUCACACGCCUGGAAGGUGCGCAGCCAGGCCGAGUCGGUGAGCAGCAGCCAGUGGCAGCUGGAGGGUCUGUGGAUGAGCUGCGCCGCCACCUCGCUGGGCGCGCUGCACUGCAGCCGCUUCAAGACCGUGCUGGGGCUGCCGGCCCAGCUGCAGGCCUGCCGGGCCCUGAUGGUCCUCUCUCUGCUGCUGGGGUUCGGGGCCACCGUCCUGACGGUUCUCGGGCUGAAGUGCACCAAGAUGGGCGGCGCCUCGGAGACACACAAGAGUCACAUGGUGCUGGGCGGCGGCCUCACCUUCCUCCUCUCCGGUUCCCUCACGCUCAUCGCCGUCUCCUGGUACGCCGGCGCAGUCAUCCACGACUUCUACAGCCCCGUGUUCGGCGGCGUGAGGUUCGAGCUGGGAUCGGGCGUCUACCUGGGAUGGGCGGCGUCGUGUCUCUCUCUGAUGGGAGGGUCGCUUCUGUGCAGCAGCUGCAGGAGGAGCUCGCCACCCCCGCGGUCUUGCAGCUACAGAGCAGCACGGCCUCCCGGCUGCAGCGCCACCCAGGGGCCGGGACAGAGCAUCUACACCGCAGCGCCCCCCUCUGACUGCAGCUCAGCCAAAGCCUACGUGUGACAGCGUCCUGCCAAUAAACGAAAGCUGUGAACCUCA